AUGAUGGAAAGGGUGGAUCUCGUGAUGAGGAACAUAUGUGACAGACUUGAGAAUGUGAAGAAAUAUAAUAAUAAAGCUGGUAUAAGUACCCAAGAUGUGAGGAAAGUUGGGGCUGAUCUGAAAUCAAAUAAUGGUAGUAGAGCUGAAAGGCCAAUAUGGGCUGAUUAUGAAGAUUUUAAGGAGGAUGUUGAUGGUUUCGAGGAUGAGACCAUAGGUCAUAAGAAAGGUCCCCAAAGAGUCUACAACACCCGACUUCGAGCGAGAAACACGGAAGAUGAAGAGCGCGCUCACCGUGACGCCCAUUUUCAAGAAGAGUUGGAGUCUCUGAAGACAAGUGUGGCUCGCCUCACUAGCUUACUCGAGCAAACACUAAGAAAUACCUCUGGUGAAGGUCCUUCUAACCGACCGGUCACCUUUAAUCAGAUUCCAACAAUAGCUCAGCCCAAAGAAAGAAUGAGUGAACAUGGUCAAGAGCCUCAACAUAAUCCAACAUUUGUGCAGUCAGCAACACCUGCACCAGCCCCGACAGUCAUGGAUGCAUUUGCAAACGAGUCCCACCAGGCCAAGUCAUCUGAUAGCCUUGAUCAAGAAAAGAUAGCGGCGCUGGAAGCUAGAAUCAAAGUCAUUGAAGUGGUAGACUUAUAUGACCCAGUACGGGCAGCGGAGAUGUGUCUAGUCCCGAAGAAGUUUCGUGUUCCUGAGUUUAUCAAAUAUAGUGGAACACAAUGCCCCAUGACCCAUCUCAAGUCCUAUUGCAAUAAAAUGGCAGAAGUAGUAUAUGAUGAAAAACUACUGAUGCACUUUUUCCAAGAUAGCUUAAGUGGGGCAACAUUGAGCUGGUACAUGAGAUUGGACAACACAAAAAUUCGGAGAUGGAAAGACCUGAUGGAUGGUUUUAUCAAGCAGUACAAAUACAACAUGGACAUUGCUCCCGACAGAACCACUGCUCAAGUUCAUCCUCCACUUUUGGAUAAGGAGAUGGUCACUUUAUUUGCCAACACACUCAAAGCACCAUAUUAUGAGCAUGUGAUGGGUAGUUCGGCCCAGCAAUUCACUGGCGCUGUGGUAGUAUGUGAACGUAUAAAGCAAGGCGUCAAAAGUGGUAGAAUUUCUGCACCCACUGAGAAAAGAGGCUUCGAAAGGAAAGAGGUCAACCAUGUUGGAGAUGAAUAUAAGGGUAGGAAAACCUCAUCCCAAAACUACCAUACUCCAUCCCAAGUUGUCGACAUCAAAAAACCCGAGCCCCAAAACUUUCAAGCCAAAAACCAAAUUGGAAAUUACCAAAGGGUCCAAGAACAACUACCUCCAUUACCGCUACCCUUGAAUGAGAUGUACCAGAAGCUAUUAAGCAUUGGGCAGGUAACUCCCGAACCUCUGAUGCCUGUGCAACCACCUUACCCUAGCUGUUACAAGCCAGAGCUCACUUGCGAAUAUCAUGCUGGUGUUGCUGGACAAAGCAUUCAUACUUGCAACGCCUUCAAGAGAAAGCUUUUGCAAUUAAUCAAGGCAGGGUGGAUAACAUUGGAAGAAGCUCCUAAUGUGAACACGAACCCUCUACCUAAUCAUGCUUGA